CUCUGUCUUGUUUCUGUUCCUCUUCCAAUUGGAUUUCAUAAAUCAUAACCUCCCUCUAUCCGACACCUGUCUCUCUCGGAUGAUCGAAUUUCUCGGAGGAAAUAUCCCUUCUCUUUUUCUGUAUUUCUGUUGAAGCUCUUUGCCAAAUGGCUACUUCCGUCGGAGCUACCGCUGCAGCCGCCGCCACUACCUCAGCUUCUGCGGCGACGGCGACGAGAAAUGUUCUGAACUCAUCAAAAUGUUUGCCUCUCUUCCGCCACCACUACUCGCAAUCUCAUCCCAAGCUCAAGCUCAAGCUCCGGUUCUCCUCUUCUAAGGAUUUGCAUUCCAACUGGAAUCACUCUGUUGUAGCAAAAGCACAAUUGAAUAAGGUUUCUGUGGAUGGAUCAUCAAAUGCUGCACCUGGUACUCCUCCGGAGCCUGAAGUAUCAUCGGCAUCCAAUGAUGUCAAGCUCUCGAGUGAGACUUCGCCUGCAGUUUUGGCCUCUGAAGAGUCGAUAGCUGAGUUCCUAAGCCAAGUUUCAACUCUUGUCAAGCUAGUUGAUUCCAGAGAUAUUGCGGAGCUCAAGUUGAAACAACUUGACUGUGAACUGAUAAUCCGUAAAAAGGAGGCCUUGCAACCACCAUCUGCUGCUCCUCCUCCUCAUACUCCGCCAGUCCAGUCACACUACAUGCCAGCUAUACAACCCAGUGCACUCCCUUCAUCUGUACCAGCACCUCCUCCAGUUCCAGGCCCAGCCCAGGCACCUCUCCCUCAAAAAACCAAGCCAUCUGAGUCAUCUUUGCCUCCACUGAAAUGCCCCAUGGCAGGAACUUUCUAUCGAAGUCCAGGACCCAGUGAACCACCAUUUGUGAAGGUUGGAGACAAAGUACAGAAGGGACAAGUUUUGUGCAUUAUUGAAGCCAUGAAAUUGAUGAAUGAAAUUGAAGCUGAUCAAUCGGGAACAAUAGUUGAGAUCCUUGCUGAGGAUGGCAAGCCCGUCAGCGUUGAUACUCCACUCUUUGUGAUCAAGCCGUAGUGAUGCUUGAAGAGAUCCAGAACAUUAAGUAGGGACUAAUAUGGUAAUGUUAUGAUAUGCGGCACUAUCUGUAGUUGGAAUACUAUGUUUUCUCGAGUGAAACUGAUCUUGAGUUAUGUUUAUCAACAAAACGGUAAUUUUAUGACACUUCCUUUCUCAUUUUGGAUACUCACCUUUAAUCUGUUGCAGUAUUUUUUGGUCA